AUGUUGAAGUUAUUUUUGACUGUUUUUGCCUUAUGUCUUAUUCAUGGAUCUUACCAACAAAAUCCAAAUAUUGUCGCCCUUGGUGAUUCGUUCACAAGUGCAGGUGCUGUCGGUGGCGCACCAAAAUCCUAUCCAAUUGUCGCUGGAAAAAUCUUAGGAUGGCCUGCAGUUAACUAUGCUAAAGGUGGAUCCGUUUUAAAGGAUAUUCCAGGUCAAUUAAAGAAAGCGGAAGCAGCUUUAGCUAAUGCAACACACGUCAUUUUUACUACUGGUGGUAAUGACGUUGGCCUUGUUCAAUCAUUUACACAAAUUAUUUUACUGAAUGACCUUGCCGGCGCUUCAAAACGAGUGAAAGAUGUUGAAGCUGGAUUAGUUAGCGCCUAUAAUCUCAUCAAAGCUGCUGCUAAACCAACAGCGAAAAUCUAUGCCGUUGCUUAUGUUGAUUUCAUUAGCGUCAGCAAAAAGAUUCCAAAUGAAGCCAGCUGUCAUAAACUCAUGGAUAUCUUGAACGAGACAGUGAAAAAAGCUGCUCAAACUGCUGGUAUUCGUUUUAUUGAAGAAGUCAAAACAGCUUUCCGUGGUCACGAAAUGUUUUCGGCUGAACCAUUCGCUGACAGUCUCUUUGCCUCAAGCAAUGCAGCUCAUCCCAACGCCAAGGGCCAUGCUAAAAUCGGCGAAGUAGUCGCUGCACGUCUCUUAGCAGAUCAAUAG